UACAAAGUGAUAUAUUGUGUUGUUAACUUGUACUGCAUGAUACUCGGUAGAAACUGGAAACCAAGUGCGUUACGCGUGAAGGUGAGUGCGUAUGGAGUAAGAGAAGUCAUGCAAACGCGCCUCUUUAUCAGACUUAUGAGUCGACUGAUAACCUAACAACACGCCCAAAAGUUCUUUCUUUAAACAAUGAGAUGUUGAAAACAAACCUCUGACCAAUCUCAGCCACACAAGACAUGUUAUUUCUUGACGUUAAUGAAUCUCAUGUUAGGUUAUUUUUUUUUUAACUUAUCUCAUAUAUUUUUUUAACGUUUCGUUAAUUAUGCUAUUACAACGAUCACAAAUAUUACAUAAACGAUUUUACAGCCAACAAUUUUAUCAUCAUAUGAGAAUGCACGUCUGACUGCAUCACUCCGAGCCGCCCUAUGAAAUCUAUGUUCAAAUUUGAAUAUCUAGGAAUGACUCUUUUAUAUACUGAGAUAUUUUAUCCAAAAUCAAUAUUUUUUCUAAAAAUAUUUUGGAUAGAUAUCUAAAAUAUUGAUUUUGGACAGAUCUCUUAGCAUUUGAAAGUUGAAACAAUCAUUAAAUAUUAUUAUUGUACUUAUAUUCACAGUUGAAAAUCUCCUCAAUCGAAUUGCUAUAAAAAAUCAUGAUAGAUAGAUAACAUACUAUAAUAGUAUAAAGUCGACAGGAAAAUAAUUCUAAAUAUCGGUCUACAAGAACCACGCCUGUAUUCCUAAUCGGAUUUUUAAAAAUUUGGUCGGCUUGGAUUUAGAUGCUAAAAGCCACUUACUUCUAUGUAAGACUAUCUAUUUGGAAAACAUUAUACAAAUGACAAAUUAAAAAGAGUAAAGCAUAGAGAAUCCCUUACUUCGCUUCUUUGCCAAGCAAAACCACAAACACCUCUCAAUUUCAUUCAUCUUCCUCCUUCUCCUCACCAAAAUGUCAAAUUCAACCAAAAUGUCAAAUUCGACUCACCGGAGAAGAGUUCCGACUCCGGUGGGAAACGGAGGCCGGAGCCUCAGGAUGAGACGGACGGCUUCCCGAUGCAUUUCUGAUAAGAACCGUUCAAAAUCGACUAAUCAGGUCUUUGAGCGAAGCUUCUCCGACACGAGUCUCGAUUUCCGCCGCGACGGAGACGGUAGUUGCACGCGGCGAUCCUCGCCGUUGAGUGGCUUACAGACGGAAGAAUCUGGUUCGAUCUUCUACAUGCCAAGGAUUCGCUCUGAGGUUAUGGCUUCUUCUCCGUCGUUGUUGCGCUUAUCUUCGCCAUCGUCUCCAUUUCCGACCAAUCAAGAGGAAAAUAAAAGAGAAGCAACAAAAGUUCUAAUCAACGUAGCAGUUGAAGGAAGUCCUGGACCUGUAAGAACUAUGGUUAAGUUGAGUUGCAACGUUGAAGAAACGAUCAAACUCGUCGUUGAGAAAUAUUGUGAAGAAGGACGAACACCGAAACUCGACAAAGGUGCUGCCUAUGAGUUGCAUCAAUCUCAUUUCAGCAUCCAAUGUAUGGAAAAAGGAGAAAUAAUCGGAGAAAUAGGAAGUAGAAACUUCUACCUUAGAAAGGGAACUCAUGAAACCGGAGUUUCUUUCGCCGGAAUAGCUCCGAUGAGAAUGAGCUUUAUUCCGUCGUCUAAUAUGAUCGAAUCGUGUAUCGCUCAGUUUAUUGGGAAAAUCUUGAGGAGAACGAGAAAGUUAUGGAACAUAUUGGUAUGUACGCAAUGAGAUUUAAGUUCCAAAGUACGUGCACUUUUGAGCGUGGCACAAAAUAUUCUAUAGAUUGAUAUACUAAUAAUCAUAUACUUGUAAGUUGUAACCGGUAUGGUUUGUAAGCCACACUCUGUACGAUCUAUUGGACAAUUAAAUAAGCAGUAAAUAAA